GUGUUUUUGACGGUCAGAGGAUCGAAGUCUCAAAGGUUGCGGCUCGGCGCUCUGACGGACACUGACCUGAGUUCAGCUCACUCUGCGCAGUGCCACCGUCUGAACAACACCGUCUACCUGCACAGAAUGAGGGCUGCUGAUUGGCUGUUAGUCGUGGCGUUCAUGCCGCUCGUUGCCCUCGCCUUCAAUCCGGACAUCUGCGGCGUCAAACCCAAAGACCUCCCGCUUGAGCCGCGCUGCAUCUAUCGGAAACCCGAGCCUGAGGAGCCCGAGGCCCCUGAGGGCCCGACCUCCGACCCCGACCCCGUCCCCGAGGCCACCAACCCCCGCGUCUGGGAGCUGUCGAAGGCCAACGGUCGCUUCGCCCUGGCGCUGCACAAACAGCUGGCCCUCGCGAAGACCCCCGAGCAGAACAUCUUCAUGUCUCCCAUCAGCAUCUCCACCGCCUUCGCCAUGACCAAACUGGGAGCCUGCAACGAGACGCUAAGGCAGAUCAUGGAGGUGUUUGAGUUCGACAGCAUCAAGGAGAAGACGUCGGAUCAGGUCCACUUCUUCUUCGCGAAGCUGAACUGCCGUCUGUACCGGAAGAAGGACGAGACGACGGCGCUGAUCUCCGCCAACCGUCUGUUCGGAGACAAGUCUCUGGUCUUCGACGAGACGUACCAGAACAUCAGCGAGACAGUGUACGGGUCCAAGCUGCUGCCACUCAACUUCAAGGAGAACCCGGACCAGGCCCGGGUCACCAUCAACAGCUGGAUCUCCAACCAGACGGAGAACCUGAUCCAGGACACGCUGCCCCCGGCGGCGCUGGACUCCAACACCAUCCUGGUGCUCGUCAACACCAUCUACUUCAAGGGUCAGUGGAAGAACAAGUUCAACAAAGACAACGUGUACAAGUCCAACUUUCAGGUCAGCGAGAGUCGCAGCUGCCAAGUGAGCCAGAUGUACCAGGAGACCCGCUUCAGGUACCGAUAUUACCCCGACGACCAUGUGCAGCUGCUGGAGAUGCCGUACCGCGGAGACGACAUCACCAUGGUCAUCAUCCUGCCCAGCACGGACACCACGCUCAGCAAGGUGGAGGAGAAUCUGGACCUGAAGAAAAUGACCGAAUGGAUGGACGGGAUGGAGGAGAAAACGGUGGCGGUUCACAUCCCUCGCUUCAGGGUCGAGGACAGCAUCAGUCUGAAGGAGAAGCUGCAGGCGAUGGGACUCACUGACCUGUUCAGCUCCGAGAAGGCCAGCCUGCCAGGGAUGUUGGAGGAAGGAGGUGAAGGUCUGCACAUCUCUGACGCCUUCCAUAAAGCCUUCCUGGAGGUGAACGAGGAGGGCAGCGAGGCGGCGGCAGCGACCGGUGUGGUGGCGGUCGGUCGAUCCAUCAACCUGAACCGGGAGGUGUUUCAGGUCAACAGACCCUUCCUGCUGCUGAUCAGGGAGGCCAGCAUCAACGCUCUGCUGUUCACCGCCCGGGUGGCCAACCCCUGCAACCAGUAACUGCUGCUGCUCUAAUACCAGCUCAGAAUCAGCUUUAAUGCACAUCUGCCCUUCGUUCACUUUGUGCAAUGACUAAAAUAAUACUGAGCAGAACUCUUCCCCUUCUUCUGUUUCAUAUCUUAAAUACGUUCACAUCCAGAAGAGUGAGGACGCUGAUGUCCAAUAAACGAGUAUUAAUCAGUGUAAAUACAUUAAAUGACUUACAAGACAAA